AUGGAAGGAAAUACUUCUCACAAAGAAAAUCUUGAUCCAGUUACUCCAAUGCAAGAUCCUGUGAUAUCAACUAAUCCUGUAGUUAUAAAGAAAAGGGCUGAAACGUUUUUAGGAGGAGCAUUGGCAGACAAGAAAAAGACAAAGGGUGCAUACAUGCACAGAUUUCCUCAUCCAGAAAGACGUUCAGAAUUGUAUAAACGUUGGAUUUCCAUAGUAGGAAAAAAGUUAUCAGAGAUGGAUCCAUUGACGGUGUACAAUAACAAACGUAUUUGUGACUACCACUUUAAAACAGAACAUAAAACUUCAGGUCAUCGAUUAAUCUUUACAGCUGUACCGUCUCUAUAUUUAAAUGGUGUAACUAAAUCUCCCAACAUUUCAGUGCAACUUGAAUGUAAUUAUUGCAUUCCACGAAUGUAUAAUAAUGUAAAUGUUGCUAAUAUCCCUACAGAAAAAUUGCCCAGUCAUCUAGUUGACUACAAAAAAGUUUCUUCAAAUCUCAACAUUCCUUUAAUAACUGAGAAGUUUCAACUCAAUCAACCCUCAACAUCAAAAAUGUAUAAAGAUGAAGUAUGUGACCAGGGUGUGCCAGAUGUUGGUGCAAUAAAUAGUCUGGUUGCAGAAACCAGAGCCAAAUAUUUAAGGAACGGGAAGGAGUGGAGACAUGAUUCAUUUCAAGUGGAUUCAAAACUUAUUAUCCCGUUAUAUGAUGUUCCACACUUAAUAAAAGGCAUCAGUAAUAAUUUAAUUACAAAAGAUUUGCGAUUCUUUGAUUUAAAAAAUAAAGAACACAUUGUAAAGUGGAAAUAUUUACAAAUGCUAUAUAGUGCUGAUAAAUCUUACGGCGAGCUCAGAUUUCUUCAUAAGCUGACAGAGGAGCACAUAAAUCCUGCAAAAAUAAAGAAGAUGAAAGUAAAAAUAGCAGCACAAACUUUCAGUCACUGGGUGCGUUUGGCAGAAAAAAGCGCUAGCAAGCGCUUGUAA